GCGAUAUCGCAUCGAGAGAAUGACAGUGCGCCUCAAGAUGAGACUAUCGAUUCACAGGCAGCGUCAGCUCCUGCAACAAGUGAUGGAAGCGCCUGACUGUGUAUCCAUGUCCGAAUCCAUUGUCCAGUCUUGCUGCGCCAUGGCAUCCGGUGUGAUCCCGCAGGCGACUCCGAGAUGGUGGAUGAGGAGAAGGACGGGAGGCACAUGGGAAGAUCUCCGGAAGAUGGACGACGCGGCAGACGACUACUGCAAGGAGAAGUUGAGGAUGUCCACUAGGGUGUUCCGGGAGAUCGUGGAGGCGUUGUCCCCUCUUCUGCAGCGGUGGGUGACAUUCUACAGGUUACCGUUAAUGCCGGAUCACAUCAUCGCAUAUGCGCUGUAUCGAUGGGCGAGCGGGGAGACGUACGAGAGCAGCACAUCAGUAUUCGGCAUAGGACGCGCAUCAGGCUUGAUCGCAGUCGAGGACGUCGCCAGGGCACUUCUGGGGGUGUACCGUGACAACAUCGUCUGGCCUUCCGGGUUGCGGCGGGUGCUCGUUCUGCGCGCCUUCGAGGCCAAGGGUUUCCCCAACUGCUAUGGCUGCAUAGACUGCACACACAUAUACGUGGACAAAUCGGCGAACGCACCAUCGGAGAGCUACAUCGAUCGGAAGCACCGUUUCUUCGUUGUUGCGCAGGUGGUGGUGGACUUGGACUUGCACAUUACGGACGUUUUCGUCGGUUAUCCAGGAAGCUGCCAUGACAUCCGCGUGCUUCAGCUUUCCAGUCUGUGGGCGCGUGCGGAGGAGGGGGAUGGACCUGUUGUGGUGCUGCCGUUCGAAGUGAAGACACACGGGUACAUUCUCGGCGAUAACGGCUAUCCUCCUCUGGAGUGGAUCAUCGUGCCUUACAGGGGGACCGAUCAAUGCACCGAUGAAGAGAGGUUCGACAACAAGCAGAAGGUCGCCAGAGGAGCAGUGGUGAGAGCUUUUCGGAGAUUGAGGGCUGGCAUGGACUUCGACGAAAACUUGUUGUGGGAGGUGGACGCUAAUGGCGCGCGCCGACGAGUGGACUUGGGGUUGGAUCACCCACCGCACCCCAUCGUGGAAAACUAUAAUCGCCCCCGUGCGCUGGCGUUGCACGAAGCAUUGGCGGAGCGAAUGAAGCAUGUGUGAACGGGCAUACUGCCUCGACGGUGGUAGCUACGACUUCGAUCUCAAGGGGCGGGGGUGGGGCGGGGGAGGCGGGGGGCGGACGUGGUGAUGGACGGGAGGUGGUGACUAUUGUUGUGCUCCGGCGGAAGUGUAGUAUGCUGGAAACAGUUUUGCAGGGUCACUGCAGUUGUUUUGAUUUAUUUACUUUAUGGUCUUCUUCGUUGAGACGUUUCUUUUUUUUCUUUUACUAUCGUUUAGUUGGCGUGACUUUUAAUCAAUUCGCGAACCUUCG